UUGUGUAUGAUCUCGUACUGUAGCUUGGCGGCUUGGACUGGGGGGGUUGAGCGUAGGCAUCAAUAAGACCACUAAGGGGGAGUUUUCUACUUGUAAAACGCAUGAAAAGCCUCCCCAAAUUCCCGGUGACUUCAGAUUCAAGGAGGUGGUCAUAUCCAUCGGAGCACCAUUCAUACUCUAGAACUUUCACUUCUAAUAGGACUGCGGCUUCAGACAAAAUCCCAUUGCUGCCUGCGCGCGCUAUUAACAUGAACUUAAAUGGAUUAAAACGUAUCUGACAUAAACCUGUUUCUGUAAGUAACCUAUAGGUAAGCUUUACAUUUUCAAUUUUAGGAGAAUAUGCGAAAGCUGUGAAUUGGUUUAAGAUUUUGAAUCCAUCCUGCGUAAUGCUUACCUGGACAUUAUGAAGAGACAUCAAAGCAUUUUGCAUGCUUGGGAAAAGAUACAGUAUUGCUGAAACUUUCUGUUCGCCUCCAUUCAACCACUCGAUAUUGCUUGUGGCUAUCGACACAACUGAAUCUUGAGUGACCAGCCUACACGUAGCAGCAAUUCCACUUUUGACACAAAUAUGGACCGUUUAUGGAUUGCAGUUUUAGUGGUUCUAACAAUUGCACUAGUACGAAUGUGUGACUGCCAGAAGGACUCAACAGGUGGUAGACAGGAGAUGUGGGAGCAGCUCCGGGAGCUAGCGAGGAGCCAAGGUCACUCCGCAGUGGGAGCUAAGGACGCUGUCCCCGACAUACCACCCAGAGAAAGCUUGCUCAACUUCUCUCAUAAUGUCUCGCACUCCGGUCGCCGGGCUCCGGUGAGCUCAUCAUCUCAACGAGAUAACAGGUACGCGACGGCAAUUAAACCAUUUCCAGCUCCCAGUACGGAAGCUUCCCUCCGGGCGGAUGAUGCCACGGUCCCACGAGAUGCCGCGCGUAGGGCCGCGACACAGCUCGGCACCCAUCACUCAUCACAGCAAAGACCCCGAAUCAGUUCCAGACAGAGCAACAAGCCCAGCUCAACGCAUACCAGGCGCCUUGCAGGGCCUAAUGUAUGUGGAGGUCACCAGUGCUGCUCUGGAUGGGCUGUGGCUUCUGGCACCAACCGCUGCAUAAAGCCCGACUGCCAGCCCCCCUGCCAUAACCGCGGCUCCUGCAGUAGGCCCCACACAUGUGUGUGCCGCUCGGGGUUCCAGGGGGCCCGCUGCGAGGAGGCAGCACCAGAGCAGGUGUACAUCCACACCGGAGGGUCCCUGAGGCGCAUCCAGCCAGGCACUAACCCCUUCCAGAGAGAGCAGCCCAGGAGGAGACCUACAGAGAGGCAGGCCAUAGACAACCCCAGCCCCAGGGCCCAGACAAUCAGACCUGAUACCACCAGACAGCCUCUUCAAGCUGUGACCCAGGUGAGGCGAGGACCAGCCGACUCAUCGUCUCCUCAGCAGACUGGGAUGUCUCGCACCGUCAAGCGAUACCCAUCGUCCACUGGCCCCAUCACAUCCAACGCUCUGCCUAAUGGGAACGGACAUGACAUUGGGAACGCCAACGGACACUCAAGUAACGGCCACAGACCCACCACCAAUGGCCACGCCAACAAUGCAGUGGCGCCAGCAGGGGCCAACCUCACUUCCAGCCUUGACCGCAUCAAGAUUGUCUUCACCCCCAUGGUGUGUCGGAGGGUGUGCAGUGGCGGCCGCUGCUACAACAGCUGUGAGAAGGGUGACACCACCACCGUCUACAGUGAGAACCAGCAGCAGCAUCAGCCGGCAAAGACCCAGGGCUUCAGACUCUUCUUCUGUCAGAUCCCCUGUCUGAACGGUGGGCGCUGCAUUGGCAGGGACCAGUGCUGGUGCCCAACAAACUCCACGGGGAAGUUCUGCCACCUCCCAGCCCCCCCUCCUGCCCGACCCACCCCCAGCAGGAAGGACGGCAGCCUGGCCGGACACAACUCAUCCUCCCACUCCAUGUACACCCUGCCGCUGUCCAAUCAACAAGCCUCUCUACACCCAUCCAUGGUGAAUGUCCACAUCCAGCACCCCCACGAGGCUGAGGUGCAGAUCCACCAAGUUGCCCGGGUCAAGCCUGGCCAGAGACCCCCCGUGGCUGAGGGGGCUCACUCUGUACAGCAGCGCUCCCAACCUGGCAAUGGCAUCGGCAAUGGGCAUGGGCACACCAGACCACACAACCGGCAGAACGGAUACGUGGGGAGGUGCUUCCAAGAGACCGUUGAUGGACAGUGUGGGAAGCCUCUUCCGGGCCUGACCAAACAGGAUGACUGCUGUGGAAGUGUGGGUGCCUCAUGGGGCCUGAACAAGUGCACAGAGUGUCCAACCAAACCAGCGUAUGCAGUGAUUGCGAACGGACAAGUGGAAUGCCCUAAGGGUUACAAAAGGAUGAACAUGACUCAUUGUCAAGACAUCAACGAGUGUCUGAUGAACGGGAUCUGUAAGAACGCUGAGUGUCUGAAUACCAGAGGAAGCUACAGAUGCACCUGUAAACCAGGCUACAUGCUGGACCCUGCCAGGAGCCACUGUGUCUCGGACAAGGCUGUGUCGGACCAGAGGGGGAUGUGUUACCGCUCAGCGUCAGCGGGGAUCUGCUCUCUGCCUCUCGCUCAGCACAUCACCAAACAGAUCUGCUGCUGCAGCCGUGUGGGCAAGGCCUGGGGCACGGCCUGCGAAAGGUGCCCUCUGCCAGACACAGACCAUUUCAAGGAGAUCUGUCCCGCUGGCCACGGCUACACAUACUCGCGCUCCGACGUGCAGAUCUCCCUGAGACAGCUGGAGGAAGAGGAGCUGAGGAGGACUGGCGUUUCCUGGGAGGCCCAAAACCCUAGCCACCCCCAACUGCCCCAGCAGCCAGCUCAGCCUCCGCAGCAGCUGCCCCAUGUCCCACAGAUCCCACAGUACCCCUACCACCACCAACCACAUCAACCACAGCAUACACAACACCCCCACCAACCACAACACCCACAGGAGAUACCCCACCACCCCCAGACCCCACAGUACCCUCAUCAAUCCCACAAACCCCACCAUCCACAGCACCCCCAAGAGCUCCCCCAGACUCCCCAGAUCCCCCAGUACCCUCACACCCCCCAACAACCACAACACCCUCUCCAUCCAGACCCAGACACCCAGCAUCCAGCUGGGGAGACCCCCAGCCAGCCUCAAGAUGUGGAAAUAUUGAACCCGCGUCCUGUUGCGACUGACUCCCCACUGAAGUACCCAGAUGUGGUAGAGAAAGUGACUCCUGACUCUCCCAUCAACCUGGGGCCUGAAUCUGAGGGCAAGGACACAUCCUCCAUCAAUGUGGCCACUCAGGUCACAGAUAUUGACAAGUGCUCCAUCACUCCAACCAUAUGUGGCCAUGGGCUGUGUGUGCCAGUGCAGACAGGCUACACCUGCUACUGUGACCCCGGCUACAAGCUGAGCGCGCUCCAGACCAACUGCAUCGAUGUGAAUGAGUGUGAGGGGGACCCUUGUGGAGGGAAGGGCCGUUGUGUGAACACCUUUGGCUCCUACACCUGCCAAUGCUACAGCGGCUACAGCCAGGUCAUCACCCAGAACAGGAAGUUCUGCCAGGAUAUAAAUGAGUGUGACAUGGCCAACAAGUGCCAGGAUGGUGACUGUGUCAACACGGAGGGAUCUUACACCUGUGAAUGCAAGAGUGGCUACGCCAAGUCCUGGAAAGGGCUGUGUGAAGACGUAGAUGAGUGCCAGGGCCCCAGUCCGUGCCCCAGUGGAAGGUGUGUCAACACCCCAGGCUCCUUCCAGUGCCAGGCCUGUGGCCCCGGGUUCAGGGCUGCCAGCGGGAGAUGUCUGGAUGUCAACGAGUGUUUGGACCAAUCGGCGUGCGCCCACGGUAGGUGUGUCAACUCCGAGGGCUCCUACAGCUGCAGCUGUUACCAAGGAUACCAGGCUUCUCUGGACAACAGCAGUUGCCAAGAUGUGGAUGAGUGUCUGCUCCCUGGAGCCUGCCUCCAUGGCAGGUGUGUCAAUCUGGAUGGCUCCCACAGGUGCAGCUGUAACCCUGGUUACCAAAGUGCUCCUGACGGCAGAGCCUGUGAAGAUGUUGACGAAUGUGCUACACCUGUGUGCCCUGCGGGAAUUUGCACCAAUUCCGAAGGUUCCUACUCAUGCAAGAACUGCCGACCUGGAUUCCAGCGAUCAGCGGGUGGACAGAGAUGUGAAGAUGUGGAUGAGUGCUCCAAGGCAGACGUGUGUCUGGGAGGGGUGUGUGCCAACACAGAGGGUUCCUUCACCUGCACCCGCUGUAAAGACGGAUACAGGGUGUCCCAGGACAGGCAGAGGUGUGAGGAUAUUGAUGAGUGCCAGUCUGGGUCUGUGUGUGCUAAUGGGAUCUGUCUGAACUCUGAGGGCUCCUUCUCCUGCAUCACCUGUCCCUCAGGCUACAGCGUCUCCCUAGACGGAGAGCUGUGUGAAGAUAUUGAUGAGUGUGAGCUGCCCACUACGUGCCCCAGGGGAACAUGCACCAACACUGAGGGUUCCUUCACCUGCACCACCUGUGGGUCAGGCUAUAGAGUGACUGAGGAUGGGCUGGAGUGUGAUGAUGUGGACGAGUGCUUGGUGGCUAACGUGUGCCCAGGCCAGCUGUGUCGGAACAGUCCUGGAUCCUUCUCCUGCAGCAGCUGUGGGACUGGCUUUACCCUGUCUGAGGACGGCUCCCACUGCCAGGACAUAAAUGAGUGCCUGUCCCCAGGGGUCUGUCCCAUGGGCGUUUGCAGCAACACAGAGGGCUCCUACUCCUGUAUGACCUGUGACCUUGGCUUCACGCUGGCGCCCAAUGGGCUCACCUGUGAAGACAUCAACGAGUGUGAGGACCAUGGUCUGUGUCUGGCAGGACAGUGUACCAACAACCCUGGUUCAUACAGCUGCUCCUGUCCAUCGGGCCUGGAGAUGGUGGACGGGACAUCUUGCAGAGAUGUGGAUGAGUGUCAGUCUGGAGGGAUCUGUGGAGAUGGGGACUGUCUAAACACAGAGGGUUCCUACCUCUGCAUCUGCCCUGAUGGAUACACCACAGGCACUACAGGCACCACAGAUGGAAUUGGCUGCCAAGAUGUUGAUGAGUGCAGCAAGGAUGGCGUGUGCUCCCAUGGUCAGUGUCUAAACACAGAUGGCUCCUACAUCUGCCUUUGUGAGACUGGCUUCAAGUACUCUGUAGACACAGCCGACUGUGAGGAUCAGAAUGAGUGUAAGGAGUUUGGUAGCUCAGUGUGUGGCACCUGGCGCUGUGAGAACACCAUUGGCUCAUACCGAUGCUUCAUGGGCUGCCAGCCUGGCCUGUAUGGACAGGACAAUCCAGACUGUGAUAUUGAUGAGUGUGUGAAUGAGACCAUCUGUGGGGACCAUGGCUUCUGUGAGAACACAGAUGGCUCCUACCGUUGUCAGUGUGACCAGGGCUACAGCAACCCCCCUGGUGAUGCCGGGGCCCAUAGCUGUGUGGACGUGAACGAGUGUGAGAUGAGCACGGCGCUGUGUGGAGAGGCCCUGUGUGAGAAUGUAGAUGGCAGCUUCCUGUGCAUCUGCCCCAGCGACAAUGAGGAAUUUGAUCCCAUCACCAGCCAGUGCCGCCCGCAGGGUGAAGAUGCUCCUCCUAAGCCAGCCACACCCACUGAGGAACAGAGGAAGGAGUGUUACUACAACCUGAACGAUGCUAACUUCUGUGACAACGUGCUGUCUCGCAACACCACCAAGCAGGAGUGCUGCUGCACGGUGGGGGCCGGCUGGGGGGACGACUGUGAGAUCCACCCCUGCCCAGUCCCAGGGAGAGAGGAGUAUGACCAGUUGUGUCCACAUGGAAGUGGUCUUCUGCCCCAAGCUGUUUUCUCCCACAGCCUGGAACAGCAGAGUUACAAAGAUGUGGACGAGUGUAAGAUGUUUGGGCCAGAUAUCUGUAAGAAUGGCCGUUGCUCUAACAACUUCUCCUCGUACUCCUGCUUCUGCCGUACAGGCUUCUACUACGACAACAUCCGGCUGGAGUGUGUGGAUUAUGACGAGUGCCUGACAGAGAAGGAGUGUGUGGAUGGGGUGUGUGUGAACACUGCCGGCUCUUUCGACUGUUUCUGCAGUCCCCCUCUGGUCCUGGACACCACCCGCCGUCGCUGCGUCAGCGUCAACACCACCGAGGAGACACAUGAGCCUGAGGAGGACAUCCACCUGGACAUCUGCUGGCAGGGCCUGGUAGAUGAGCGUAUGUGUGCCCAGCCCCUCAUCGGCAGGAGGACCACCUACACAGAGUGCUGCUGUCUCUAUGGAGUGGCCUGGAGCGAACAGUGUGCCUUUUGCCCCAUGAGGGACUCUGAUGACUACGCAGCAGUGUGUAACCUGCCAAGGAGAGGGGGGUCUGACAGUCUACGAGAGAGGCCAGGCUAUGAGUACGGUCCUGGGGUUGAGGGUCCUGAUGGGCCCUAUGUCCCCCCCUACUGGGACAACUAUGGAGGAGGGCCCAUCACUGGGCCUGGGGGUACCUACUACAACCCAGAGGACACCCAGGGCAUCCCCCUGUUCACAGACAACACCAACGACUAUGGCUCCCGAGACGGAGACAUAGAGCCGCCACUACGUGUCCCUGUCCACCGGCCAAGAGAGUUCCAGCCUCGCCCUGUAGACUCAUAUAAUGACCGCUUUGAUGGCUUCGAGGGCCUGCGAGCAGAGGAGUGUGGCAUCCUGAAUGGCUGUGAGAAUGGCCGGUGUGUCCGCGUGAGGGAAGGUUACACCUGUGACUGCUUUGAUGGAUACGAGCUUGACCUCACCAAAAUGGCCUGCAUCGACAUAAACGAGUGUGAGGAUAUCAGUGACAACGUGGCGCUGUGUAAGAACGGGGCCUGUACCAACACCGAGGGGUCGUACAAGUGCACCUGCCUGCCUGGCUUCCAGGCCUCUGCCAAGCCCCAUGAAUGCAUCCCAGAGGUCCCAGUAGCUGGCUUUAGAGAGAGAGUGGCAGGGAAAUGAGGGUGUGCCUGUUGGAGCUUUUUCUCUCCUCCCUCCACCAGCCCACACCCUUACCCUCACCCCCCUGCCCUCUCACAGGGCCUGGCACUAAACCUCCAUCAAAAAACACUGAAACGUCCACGCUUGUCCCCUAAACACACACACACACCAACACACAUACACACAUACUCUUAUUGACUCUUUCAUAUUUUCUCUCUCUCUACCACACACAUACUCAUUCACAUUUCCACAGGGGACCAGGAGCUAACCAGUGAAUGUAUUCCAUGGGAUAUCCUAUUUCUUAACAUUUAUAUUUUGCCUAAAGGGAUUUUCUGAGGAGUGACCUUUUAUUCAGUGAUCCCAGGCAGUUUGGUAUGCAUACAUACAUUUUUUCUGCAUUGUUUUUCUCCAUGUGUCUUUUUGGUUGAUUAUUUAUUUCAUGUACAUGACAAGGCUCUGUAAAGUAAGAGGGCAUAGGAUGUAUAUUGUCUUAUUUGUCAGACCAAUAUACUUUACUAACGAUGAGGGGAAACAGUGUGAAUAGUUUUUUAAGUUUGGUAACUAAGCCUGGAGGAAGCUUAUUGUCGUAAGCAUGCCACAUGUUAUAUUCAUAUUAUAACAUAAUAAUCACAUUGCUAUACAGGGAAAGUUACUUUCAAACCACUUUUUACUAGUAUUUGGGAUGCUUCUGUUGUCAGCAAGGCCUUUAAAAGGACCAACCACCCCUUCCACUGGUCUUCUGUGUUUCUUAUAACAGUGCAAUCCUACAGUCCUCAUCCUCGAGACAAAGAGGCUCCUCUGUUGGCAAGGUUGUCUCAAGAGCAAUAACUACGAUCAAACAAGGUCCAGACCAGAUUCAUAUGCUAUCACAAUGUUGCUUUGACCUGCUGCCAGUAGAGAGAGAGAGAGAGAGAGAGAGAGAGAGAGAGAGAGUAUAUAUCCAAUGUGGGCUUGGAAAGGCUAUAAAUGUACAGUACCAGUCAAAAGUUUGGACACCUACUCAUUCCAGGGUUUUCCUUUAUUUUUACUAUUUUCUACAUUUUAGAAUAACAGUGAAUACAUCAAACCUAUGAAAUAACACAUUGAAUCAUGUAGUAACCAAAAAAAUAUAUUUUAUAUUUGAGAUUCUUCAAAGUUGCCACCCUUUGCCUUGAUGACAGCUUUGCACACUCUUGGCAUUCUCUCAACCUGCUUCAUGAGGUAGUCACCUGGAAUGCAUUUCAAUUAACAGGUAUGCCUUGUUAAAAGUUCAAUUGUGCAAUUUAUUUCCUUCUUAAUGCGUUUUGAGCCAGUCAGUUGUGUUGUUACAAGGUAGGGGUGGACACAUCUCAACAUUAACUGUUCAGACUCUCUGAGGUCAUUAAAGAUCCCAUGGCACUUAUCGUAAGAGUAGGGGUGUUAACCCCGGUGUCCUGGCUAAAUUCCCAAUCUGGCCCUCAAACCAUCAUGGCCACCUAAUCAUCCCCAGCUUACAGUUGGCUCAUUCAUCCCCCUCUUCUCCCCUGUAACUAUUCCCCAGGUCGUUGCUGUAAAUGAGAAUGUGUUCUCAGUCAACUUACCUGGUAAAAUAACAGUAAUAUAAAUAAAAAGAGGACACCAAUAACAAGAAGACUUGCUUGGGCCAAGAAACACAAGCAAUGGACAUUAGACCAGUGGAAAUCUGUCCUUUGGCCCAAUAAAUCCAAAGUUGAGAUUUUUGGUUCCAACCGCCGAGUCUUUGUGAGGUGCUGAGUAGGUGAACGGAUGAUCUCCACAUGUGUAAAUAAAAUACAGUAGAAAUACAUUACUGUACUUAUAGAUUUCUUAAUUCCAUUAUUUUACUUUUAGAUUUGUGUGUAUUGUUGUGAAUUGUUAGAUACUACUGCACUGUUGGAGCUCGGAACACAAGCAUUUCACUACACCCGCAACAACAUCUGCUAAAUAUGUGUAUGCGACCAAUAAAAUUUGAUUUGAUUUAGUUCCCACCGUGAAGCAUGAAGGAGGUGUGAUGGUGUGGGGGUGCUUUGCUGGUGAAACUGUCGGUGAUUUAUUUAGAAUUCAAAGCACACUUAACCAGCAUGGCCACCACAGCAUUCUGCAGCAAUACGCCAUCCCAUCUGGUUUGCACUUAGUGGGACUAUCAUUUGUUUUUCAACAGGACCAAUACCCAACACACCUCCAGGAUGUGUAAGGGCAAUUUGACCAAGAAGGAGAGUGAUGGAUUGCUGCAUCAGAUGACCUGGCCUCCACAAUCACCCGACCUCAACCCAAUUGAGAUGGUUUGGGAUGAGUUGGACCGCAGAGUGAAGGAAAAGCAGCCAACAAGUGCUCAGCAUAUAUGGGAACUCCUUCAAGAUGGUUGGAAAAGCAUUCCAGGUUUAAGAUGGUUGAGAGAAUGCCAGGAGUGUGCAAACCUGUCAUCAAGGCAAAGGGUGGCUACUUUGAAGAAUCAAAAAUAUGAGAUAUAUUUAUAUUUGUUUAACACUUUUUUGGUUACUGCAUAAUGCCAUGUGUGUUAUUUCAUAGUGUUGAUGUCUUCACUAUUAUUCUACAAUGUAGAAAAUAGUAAAAAUAAAGAAAAACCUUUAAAGGAGUAGGUGUGUCCAAACGUUUGACUGGUACUGUAUAUGAUUAAAUAUGUAAUAUGUUUGUAUAGGUUCCACUAGCCUUCUCCCACUAGUCAAGAGAGUAGUUCAGCAAACAUAUUGUCCCAUAGCAAUUUUUUAAUGUUUACAUUCAAUCACAUUCCCAUUCACAAUUGACUUCAGAUCCCAUGUAAGAACAUUCCCAUGAAUGCAUCUCUGAUUGUGAGUAAAGGCUUUGUUGACGAGGUUUAGGAUAUUUUGUACAGAUCUAGUACUAUGUAUUAAUGUUUUUGUUACAUUCUAAUAAUGCAUAUAGUGCAGCCAAUAUUUUUGUUUGACAAAAAAAAAAUCUAAAAAAUCCAGCAUUACAGUUUAGCCAUUUAGAUUUAUAUAUUUCUGUAAAAAGAAAACUUUAAAAAACCAUAUCUUUAUGUAUGAGAAAAGUGGUUUCCACUGUACCAGAGAAAGGGUACACAUUCUGCCCUGUGGAGCAGACAUUGACAUGUAAUGUUGGGGAAUGGCAGUACUUUUUUAAACACAAUGUGGUGCCAUUGAUCCUACAAGUACAAUACAAAGAAGAAUGCCUUCUGAAAUGCAAGCAUUAUUCUUUGUGCCAUUAAAACACAACUUGUUUGCCUUUCAAAUAAUGUUACUGGGAACAGUAUGUCAUUCUGGUGACAUACAUACAAAAUCAAUAUAGUGAACACUAUUCGUCAUUUAACAUUGUUGUCCUUUCACAUUCAACUCUAGAAACAUAUGAUUGCUGAUUAGUCAUGUUUUCAAAUGUUCCAUUAAGAGAAAUGCGUAUCUUGCCAUCACCAAUCUUACACAUAUUUGGAGGAUGCCUUCUUUCAAUGACUGAUGCCCUUGACCUGCAUUCAAAGAGAUGUUCACUGUACUCUUUAUCCGUCUAUCUAUACUGUAUGAUUCAUCCCUCCACAAGUCUUACAUUGAGGUUAAACAAAUUGUGAACAUGUAUUUUAUAUUAUUUAAAGCUUUGUAAACCACAAGUUGUGGUGUAGGAUGUGAUGUAUGCUGUGGUCAAUGAAAAUAUCAUGUUCAUUCCUUUUGUUUACCUCUUGACUGUAGUCACUAUCUGUCAUCAAAAUAAACUUUGAAAAUAUCUAUA